AGAUUCCCCAAAGUUCCCCAAAGUGCCCCAAAGUGCCCUCAAAGUGCCCUCAAGUUCCCCAAAGUGCCCCCAAAGUGCCCCCAAAGUGCCCCCAAGUGCCCCAAAGUGCCCCAAAGUGUCCCCAAAGUUCCACAAAGUGCCCACAAA